CGGGGGCGGGGGCGCCGCCGAGCGCGGGGGGCGAUGGCGAAGCUCCGGGUGGCGUACGAGUACACGGAAGCCGAGGACAAGAGCAUCCGGCUCGGCUUGUUCCUCAUCAUCUCGGGCGUCGUGUCGCUCUUCAUCUUCGGCUUCUGCUGGCUCAGCCCCGCGCUGCAGGAUCUGCAAGCCACGGCGGCCAACUGCACGGUGCUGUCGGUGCAGCAGAUCGGCGAGGUGUUCGAGUGCACCUUCACCUGUGGCGCCGACUGCAGGGGCACCGCGCAGUACCCCUGCGUGCAGGUCUACGUGAACAACUCGGAGUCCAACUCCCGCGCGCUGCUGCACAGCGACGAGCACCAGCUUCUCACCAACCCCAAGUGUUCCUAUAUUCCUCCCUGCAAGAGAGAAAAUCAGAAGAACUUGGAAAACGUCAUGAAUUGGCAACAGUACUGGAAAGAUGAGAUUGGCUCCCAGCCAUUUACUUGCUAUUUCAAUCAGUAUCAAAGACCGGAUGACGUGCUCCUGCACCGCACUCACGAUGAAAUUGUCCUCCUGCACUGCUUCCUCUGGCCCCUGGUGACCUUUGUGGUGGGUGUUCUCAUUGUGGUCCUGACCAUCUGUGCCAAGAGCCUGGCGGUGAAAGCAGAAGCCAUGAAGAAGCGCAAGUUCUCCUAAAGGCGAGCAGGCUUGUGGGAAGCAAAGCACAGAAGCUGCCCGUGUAGGUGCCCGCGCACCCGCAGAGCCCGCGUUUCCCGGCGCAGGAGAUGGAACGGGCCACGGCAGGUCUCUGAGAGGCUCCUCCCUCAGUGGCAGCAGAAACAGGCACAACUGGAAGACUUAGAACCUCAUAGCUUAUAUUCCAUGUGUCCUAGUGAGGGUUAAGGGUCAAGCCCUUAGCUAUAUGGAGUAACUGUUGCAAAAAACCCAAUAAGAAGUUGAUUUUCUUUGGAAAGUAACAGUAUAUUACUUGUAUAGUGUAGUAUACAAACCAUUAUGACUUAUGCUACUUAAAAAUAUUAAAAGAGAGUGGUCUGUGUUCUUU